AUGAGUGAAUGGAAUGCUGUCGUGCCGCUAAUCGUGUCGGGGGCUUCCGAUGCUCACGAGGUGACGCACGCAGAGUUGUGCGCCAUGGUGCGUGGAAUGGAGGAGACGGUUGAAAACACAAAACGACGAUUGAAGCAAGUAGAUAAGAUUAUAGAACGGCAGCGUGUCGUCGUGAAUGAUGUUCGGAUAUCCACAUCGAGGUUCGAAGACAUGUUUACCAAAACAAACAGUGAUCUUCAGUACAUUCAACAGCAGCUGGAGUACGUUGUAGUUAGUCUGGAAAAGGAGCGCGGGAUUGUGGCUGAUCACACAGAGCAGUUGAGACUCUUUGCGAUGGAAUCCAACCGUCGUGAUGGCCGAAGUGCUGACGUCUUAGAUGACGGCACAUCAUUGCUUUUUUGGUUGGCCACGUGGCUUUAUCGCCCACUUGUUCACUUUGCAAAGGGCUGCUACACGCUGUUUUCGCCGCUUAUCAACACCCUUCAGUCCCUCUCCCUGUUUAACACGGAUGUGCUCAUGCGCCGUAGUGAAAUUGGUGUACGUCUUCGUCACGUGGAGACGAAUGAGGAUCUCCUGAAACGACUUCAAAAGGGCUCUUUGGACCCCACAUCACUUCCCAAGAAGAAAUGA